GCAGCUGGGCUUUGAUGAUGGCGCAGGUCCAUGCGUCGCUGACCUGACACACGCGGUGCCGCACGAAGCUACGGACGGGAAGGACGCCGCCGUGAGCAGCCCGCGCACCAACCCGGGACAAUCAGUGCGGUGAAGUAUACUGAUCAGCGUUAUUUCGAACCGACGUACGCGCGUGCGUUGGGCUAAUUACACUGCUCGAGACAACGCGCCGCGCUCCGAGGAGAGGCAGAGCAAACCAAACCAAGCCAAGCCCCACUGUUGGAGUGCUGGGUUCCAGGCGAACCACUCCACCACCACCACCCCGCGCGGCGCUGCUCUGCGCAGGAGCAGGCGGGACAGUGAACUGAGGGAAAGGUGCUGGAGUGGGCGAGAGGCGGCGGGGAUGGCUGGUGGCGGCGGGGAGGGGGAGGCAGAGGCGUCGGCGCUGGAGUUCACGCCGACGUGGAUCGUGGCGGUGGUCUGCUCCCUCAUCGUGCUCAUCUCCCUCGCCGCCGAGAGGUGCCUCCAUUACCUCGGCAAGACGCUCAAGGGGAAGAACCAGAAGGCGCUCUUCGAGGCUCUCCUCAAGGUCAAAGAAGAGUUGAUGCUUCUGGGGUUCAUCUCCCUGCUGCUGACGGUGUUCCAAGGGGCGCUUCAGAGGACAUGCAUUCCUCCAGGGUGGACCAGCUACAUGCUGCCAUGCCAAAAUGCGGGGGGUCAUGCCAAGAUGAGCCCCUCGGAGGCUCAUGACAUGGUUGCCGGAGCUUUAGGCCUCACCCAUCGGCGGCUUCUUGCCGAGAACGGCCCUAGGGCCCAGCAUUGCCAGAAGAAGGGAGAAGUUCCUUUGCUGUCACUUGAAGCGCUACAUCAGUUGCAUAUCUUCAUUUUCAUUUUGGCCAUUGCACAUGUGAUUUUCAGUGUUUUGACUAUGCUUUUAGGAAGCGCGAGGAUUCGUCAAUGGAAACACUGGGAGGAUGAAAUUCAGAAGGAUGUUACAGGAAAUGGACCUAGGAAGGUGACCCAUGUGCAUCAAUUUGAGUUUAUCAGGGAACAUUUUAAGGGCAUUGGCAGAGAUUCCACAGUACUGAGCUGGCUGCAUUCUUUUGUUAAGCAGUUUUAUGGGUCAGUUACUAAAUCAGACUACACAACAAUGCGACUUGGUUUCAUCAUGACACAUUGCCGGGGAAACCCGAAAUUUGAUUUCCACAGAUACAUGGUACGAGCUUUGGAGGCUGAUUUUAAAAAGGUGGUUGGCAUAAGCUGGUACUUGUGGAUAUUUGUUGUGGUAUUCAUGUUGCUGAAUGUUAAUGGUUGGCAUACAUACUUUUGGAUCUCUUUCAUUCCCCUUCUCCUUUUGUUGGCUGUUGGCACCAAGCUGGAGCAUGUCAUAACUCAGUUGGCACAUGAGGUUGCUGAGAAGCACUCUGCAAUUGAGGGCGACUUGGUUGUCAAUCCGUCAGACGAGCACUUCUGGUUUGGACGGCCGAGGAUAGUCUUAUACCUGAUCCAUUUCAUCCUCUUCCAGAAUGCGUUUGAGAUUGCAUUCUUCUUCUGGAUUCUUACUACCUACGGUUUCAACUCCUGCAUCAUGGACCACGUCCCCUUCAUCGUGCCAAGGCUCGUCGUCGGGGCCAUUAUCCAACUCGUCUGCAGCUACAGCACCUUGCCUCUAUACGCAAUUGUCACCCAGAUGGGGACCUUCUUCAAGAAAGAGAUCUUCGACGAGCACGUGCAGCAGGGCCUUGUGGGCUGGGCGCAGAAGGCCAAGAAGAGGAAAGCACUGAAGAAUAAUGGCGCCAGUGGCGCGGCCGGAUCCACAAACGGGUCGUCGCAUCCAUCUGCGAGGCUCGAACUGAUGAGACGGGCUGUCGCUCUGGAAGAAGGCAGUAGCGGUGGCGAUUAACGGCGGUGAAAUGCAGUGUGAUCGAGCGACGGGGUUGUGGCCCGAAAGCUGUAGCGAACGCGUCUGGGACAGCAAGAAGCGUGCGGGACAGUCAGAAGAUGUUGUGCAGUAUUGUAGCGUGGUAUGAUGUUUGUAUGCUUUCGGUUGAGACAUGCUAUGCAGAGAGCUUUCUGUAACCCCGGUCGGUGUUUGGAACAACGACCACUGUCGCAUCCAAGCACUCGUUUGGUGUGAGAUGCGAACGAUUCCGCGGUCGGCGCGCGGAGGGCAGCAGACCUAUGCGCAGUUUCAGGCACGGGCCGUGGAA